AUGCGCCCCAACAGAUCGCAUCCCCCCGAUGCCAAGGUCUUCCAUGCAACAGAUAGCCAGAAAGGUCUAUAUCGGCGCGGAUCACGAAUUGUCUCUGGAAAUUCGAAGUCCGCACAUCGCGGCGAGCCCUAUUCUAGACCAAGUAUCUCGGGGAUAGAUAAUACCGAUGCAUACGCUUCGUAUGAGACAUCGGCUGACCGACUGUUGGGUCUCCUGGUUGGAGACGAAUUCGACUCUUCUGGGAACGUUAGGACAGGAAGGAAUCCGAUUCAACAAUAUAGCAACACUUCGAAGGAGAUCAGUCUGGACUUUGACCUUUAUGAUGCAUCCUGUUCUGACGCUGCGAUCCACUCGGUAGAUCACUGCGUUUCCAUCAUUAAGGGGCUAGACCCUGGUCUGCGAAGCUAUUUACUCGAGCAAUUUUGGACACGCUCCAACUCGUGUAUACCCGUUGUGCACAAGGGGGCAUUCCUAGCUAGCCUAGAGGAAGAGAAUGGAGAGUUCUGCUCUCCGGAGCUUCAUCUCGCAGUCCUCGCCAUGGGUUUUCGACGCGCGGAUCACAGGCGCUCAGAUGUCAUGCAGCUUUCCCUUCCUGAUUGGGAUUCUAUUUUGCACAAGAAGCUCCGACUGGUUAUAGAUAACUUGUCGACACGAAAGGAGCCACGGAGUAACACGCACGUGCAAGCUGUCAUUAUUCUUGCCCAACUCGAGUGGGAACGAGGACGAGACCACUCAGCGAGGCUUUACCUAGAUACUGCUUUCACUAUAAUUGAAGAGAUCCAGAAUCGUCAACAUGAUCUUGAUACGCCAGUUUCGGAUGACGAAAUCAUUGUUCAGCGGAUUGCCUUGCGUGCGGCUAGCCUUAUUGAUAGGUCUCUCUUCGAGCACAACUUCAACACCACUCUGGGCGAUCGGUCUAGGGAUUUGCACUUUGCUACAUCUCACCACCUUCGCAGCAAUCCACCAUCGUUGACGAUAAAGCAGGAUCUCAGUUCACAAAUCUACAAUGCACACUUGGAGCUCAUGAGCAUUGCCACGAAUGCCAUAGAGCAGCUUCAUUCGCAACCAAUCCGCUCCGCUGAAAACCCUUUCUCCAGGUUAACAGAACUACACAGUCGUCUACAGAGCUGCCAACAAUUUCAUGCCGUCCUGAUCCUACUAUAUCGUCCUUUUGCGUCACAGGAGACAUUAAUGAGCAUUAUGGACAGCUUUACGGGUGUCAACAUCAACCAGCUAUCCGAAUAUAUUUGUAAUAUUCUACUUACAAACGCUAGACGGAUAGCGGAUCUCAUUUUCGAGUCUCGCGCACACUUUGAACCUGGCGCCAUCUUUCCCCUAUCGGUUCAGCAAGGCGCUCUUGCAGCUGGAGUUCUUUUAGCCCACAUGUCACGCAUAGAGGGCAAAAGCAUAGGAGAUUCGGUUUUUGGACACUUGAAAACUCUACACCAGUUUUUCAUUGAUAUGUCUGCGUUACAAAGACCAGCUGAGAGAUUGGCUAGGACUUUGCGGGAUAUCACAGUAGUGAUGAGCAGCUGUGGCAGCCCUACGGAGAGAUGGAAAGCUCGCACCCCCACGCAGAGCAUAGAUAUCACAAAUCCAGACAGAGAGCAGGUUGAAACUUCAGUCAACCGUCCCAACGAUGCAAUCUGGCUAAACAGAGAUGACGAAAUUGGCGAAGGCAACCUGCCAGGCCAGCACCACGAUUGCGCAGCUCAAGAGCAAGACGCCGCUGCUGCGACACCUUCCAAGAAUAACGAAGGCCCUGUAGACAGAAAUCCCGAUGGAUUUGAUCCAAUAAGAAAUUCAGACCGCAGAACAGAAUUGCCACUGUCUGCCUCAAAUAAAUCUAUCGGACGCCGCCCUCACAGCGAAUCCUUACUCCGGGGCUACGACCCAACGGAUCCAGAAAGCGUGCCUUCUUCGAAUGCUAUCCAAAAAAGUCCCACCCGCCUAACAGCUGUGGAUAUGUCCUUGGAAUCAGGAGGGUCAUUUGCUCCUCAGUUCCCCCUUGGAACAGACCCCCUGAGCUUGCCCGUGGCCGGCCCUGAGUUGGACGCAUGUGACAAGGAUGCUGUUAGCGUGUCCUGGUCUGAUACAUUCAAAGCGCUUAGAGCAGUGCAUGAGCGACCUGGAUCUGAGAAGAUGGUUGCUAACGAAUUCGGUGAUGUGAUGGGGGGCGUCUUUAAGCUGUGGUGA